AUGGAGAUUCAAACCACUUAAAAAGCCCUAUAGCUGAUCUUAUAAACCAAGCAAAGUAACCAUUUUGGUUCAAAAAUUUAAUAUUCCGCCUUUCAAAGCUUCAAAAAAUAAAUAUCCCUUAAACAGUUAUGGAAUAAGGCUUAUUCUUCUUUUAAGAGGUUUUUUGAAGAAAAAAUUCUAGUAACAAAUAGCUUUAACCCAAGUUAUAUAUAUAAAAAUCAAUAAAGAAUGCAAUUUUUGAUUUAAGAAUAUAAAUAGAUUAACUGUUAGUUGAAAUUGAUGUAAUUUAAUAAACAAAAGAAUUUAUAUAAGAAAGUUAGGCAUAAGAUGAAAUUAAGAAUAAGAUGAUUCCUUCAACAGAAAUAGUGAAGAUUAACAUAAACCCAGGGGAGUAUGUUUCGAAUUGUGUAAAUGCUAUUUUACUUGCCAUUAUCCAUGCACAACUGCUGAAUCAGAUUAAAAAAGUGGUUGUU